AUGUGUCAUCUAGAUAUCUGUCACUAUCGAUGUGGGCACGCCCACAAAGGCAAGGUGAGGCGAUGUCAAAGUUACUACGAAAUUCAGGCAGAAGCGUCCCCUGUGUUCUGCUGCCAAUUCUUUCGGAGAAGGAGUAUGGACUGUAGAGACCUGAUGAACGUCGACCAAGACAUCCCGACCGUCUGCUCAGUAACAUGCGCCAAGAGGCAACUAAACAUGCAAGAAAUGAGAAAAAAGGAGUUGUGGCAACGGCAGAAGGAUCUGGAGGAGAGGGCGUUGGCGAGCGCACGUGAGUACGAGCAGAAUAAGAAGGCGGAGGAGGAGGCGCUGCGGCUGCAGAGGGUGGAGAGGAUAGAGAGGGCGGAGAGGAUGGAGAGGGCAGAGAGGGUGGAGAGGGCCAGACAGGAGAGGGAGAGAGGUAAGUCGAGAGAACAAGAGGAGGAAUCGCGACAGCAGAGGGUCGAGAGGGCACGGAGAGAGAGAGGUAAGCCGCUACAGUCGCCGACACCAGUUCCACAGACCCCGACACCCACGGGAACGGCGCAUGCCGAGAUGGGCGUCUACACAAGAGUUCCCAGCCAGCGGGCGGCCAAGCGGCCGUCUCCAGCACAGCCAGGGGUGGCACCAGCCCCUCCGCGUCUCGGCGAGCGGCGAAUGCACCCGGAUUAUUGUCCCCCAAGCCUCCCCAGUCCUAAUCCUGCUCCUGAAGCUAACAAUUGGUCUCCAACAGCCAAGCUAAGAAUGCCCUUCCAGCCAGCCAUGAGUAGGGCCGACAACUCGAUUUCUCGCAGCAACGGCCUCCACCUCAGCCCCGGGCAAACAGGGGCGCUCGACGACCCCCGGACACGCAUUCAGGCUUCCCGACAGCAGUCCCAGCACCACGGAGUCGUAUUGCGCAAGCCCCGUCGUCAGCCCAAAACGAACCAGACGAUCAUCAUCAACAACAUCAACAACAACAACGUCACGCCAAAGAUCCCAACAGCCGCCAGCCCAGCGGCCCCGGGCCGCAUCCUCUUACGAACCACCGCCGCCCGUACCACCGAAAGACACCACCUGGAAACCACGGCACCCCAACCUCGUCCCACCGCCCCUCGCCCUGGGACCCCGACCCCCGACAAAAGCAACCCCAGCACCACCAACCACGGCCCCCCAAAAAAGGAAAAGGCUACUGGCAACAAACCACCGUUCAGCCCACCGCCAAAUCCUCCGCACAACGGCACCGAUCAACAAACACAAACAACAAACACACCCCACAACAAACACGGCCCAUCACCAGGAAGGCCGCUCCAAACAAAGAUCCAAACCCAACCCCAGCCCCAACCCCCAACAUCAACCGCACCCACAACCCCACCACCACAAACCGGCCCCCAAAUGCCUCGUCAAAAAACCCAGCCCACUACCAUCGCCAUCGCCACUACCAGCACUGGCAUGCAGCUCCAGCCGGGCCAGGGCAGAGCUGAUGCCGGUGGUGCAGGCCCGGACGAAGGGGUGGCUGAAGAACAUGAAGCUGAUGAUGGGGGGGGAGGGGGGAGCGGGGAGCGCGGAGACGAUGGAUUUGUUUGUGGGGCGAGAGAUUGUUGUUUUAUGUUGCCGCCCGUGUGCGUUUUUAGAUAUAUAUAUAUCGACAUUUUGUACAAACUAAGUCAUAUUGUGAAUGUGCAUGCGGUCCAGCGCCCCCGCACCACCCACCACCGCACCAUCCUCACAACAACAAAACCAGCACCAACCCCCCCUCCCGCCCGCGGCGCACACCACCCCUCGAACCCGCGCCCACGACCCCCCACCCCCCUCAGCGACUCGGUCCGGGCCCUUCUCCCCGCCCUAGCCGCCCAACCGGGCCACUACAUCACGGUGCACAUCCACGGGCGCCCCUACCUGGUCACGGCCGGCGACAGCGUGCGGCUGCCGUUCAAGAUGCCGGGGGUCUCGCCGGGGAUGGUGCUGCGGCUGAACCGGGCGACGGCGGUAGGCAGCCGGGACUUCACGCUGCGGGGCGCGCCGUACGUGGACGAGCGGCUGUUCGAGUGCCGCGCGGUGGUGACGGGGACGGAGGCGGAGCCGAUGCGCACCCUGGUCAAGAAGAAGCGGCGGUGCCGGCGGUCCAAGACGGUCACGAGCAAGCAUCGGUUUACGACGUUGCGGAUUAGUGAGCUGAAGAUUAAGCCCGAGGUGGUGGCGGAGGAGAGUUGA